AUGGUGUUUUCUACGGUCGUGGCGAGGCGUGUGGCAGUGCUGGGUUUGUGCGUGGCGGGGGCAGUCUUGUCGAUGCUUCCAUCUUCCAUGGUUGACCGGGGCGGCGAAGCAACCAUUGUCGUUGCCAAAAACGCGAAUUUUACGGAUACUGCACCCAAAGCAGCGCCUAGUAGGAAUGCUUCAGUAGCAUCUCACUCCAGAACUGCUUCUACCACUAGACGGCCCUCUGUGAGCAGCCCAAAAAUAAUACGCCAAGCCACACCGGCACCAACUCAUAGUCCAACUCAAAAGCCCAGUGAUCCUGCAGGACAACAACAACAACAAAAAGCCAUCACGAAGACGCAAUGCGCUGUGGAACGAGAUGACACCACCAAUACAUUUUCGUUCCGAGGAAACUGGGUACAAAAUGCAUCCCUAGCAGCUGCAUUGGAUCGGAAACACCAAGCAUUUGGAUGCAAGAAACGGCCACUGUUGCCUCCGUACGAAGGCAUGCACGGAUGUUGUUCCCAAAAAGGAACCGACUAUCUGCAAGCAACCUUUUGUCCUGGAGUGGAUACCACCUCAGCCGUGCACUCAUUCCUUCAGGCCACACGCCACAAGACGGUUCUGUUCUUGGGAGACUCGUUAACAUUGCAAAGUUUUGCGGCCGUGGGAAUGGCCAUGCGGGCCCUUCAGAUACCCUUCCAAUAUACUACCCGAGACAAUCAUUUGGAGCAAUCGUACCAUGUCCCCUCGACGGACACGACCGUCACGCUCCGGGAACUGUAUCGAUUGGAAGAUGUCGACCGAUCCGAAUGGAAGUUUAAUGAACCAGAUUCGGGAUACCAUCUUCGCGACAUCACCCUCAAGGCAGUCCUCCAAAAAGUCCAUAUCCUCAUUUCCAAUUUUGGCCUGCAUCAUUGGCCCAUGCCGGAAUAUCACUAUCGUCAAUACAAACACGUCCAAGAACUCGUCCAACAGGAAAACAACAAUCGGCGUCGUCGUUCUACUACUAGUACGGGCAAUGACAAUAACAACAACCAGAUUUGUCUGCUGUGGAGGCGGACACUGCCACAACACUUUGCUUCCAAAACGGGCGGAGGAGAAUGGGGCGACCGACUCAAAGAUUAUGGACCCUAUGGAUGUGUGGCACUCAAUCGAACGUGGACGCAUCCCAGUGACAAGGCGUUGGCGCGGAUCCAAAAUGAAUUAUUCAAUGCGAGUCGAAGCAUUCCCACAUUGGAUUUUACUUCCAUUCUGGAGGAUGCCCAUGCCUUUUAUUCCCGACGAAAGGGGGUCGAUUGCACACACAUGUGUUACUCCCCUCUGAUUUGGGAUCCCAUUCUCCAUGUCACGGCACACGCCAUCGAGCAGUCCUGCCAAUAA